UCCUCCAUGUGUCGUGUCAUGUGAUCUUCAAAUCAAAAAUAAUAAUACAUACACUGUAAAAAAAAAAACAAAACACCACAUGCCUUUCCAUUCCCUCAAUUUUCUCUCUCUCUCUCACACGCACACCAAACCCUAUCUUCUUUUAAUUCAAACAUACACACAAUUUUCCUGUUGUAUUUGAUUAACUUGAGUUUGAAAUUUGGGGAUCUAAUUUCAAGACAGAGAUCGAUAUAAUUUAGUCUAGUGUAUCUAUAAUAAUUAUUGACAAUAAAUUUGAGUAAAGUUAUUGGAUCUGGAGGAGUGUAACAGCGCCAUUACAUAGAUGGCGCUGUUUAAACGCUUCUUUUAUCGUAAACCGCCGGAUCGCCUGCUCGAGAUCUCCGAAAGGGUUUACGUUUUCGAUUGCUGCUUCUCGACUGAUAUACUAGAAGAAGAUGAGUACAAGCUUUACAUGGGUGGCAUUGUGGCCGAACUUCAGGACUACUAUCCUGAUUCUUCUUUCAUGGUAUUUAACUUUAGAGAAGGUGACAAAAGGACCCAAAUUUCUGAUAUAUUGUCUCAAUACGACAUGACUGUCAUGGAGUAUCCUCGGCAAUAUGAAGGGUGUCCGAUGUUACCUUUAGAAAUGAUCCAUCACUUUUUGCGAUCUAGUGAAAGCUGGCUGUCGCUAGCAGGUCAGCAAAACGUGCUUUUAAUGCACUGUGAAAGAGGAGGGUGGCCUGUUCUUGCGUUUAUGCUAGCAGCUCUUCUUUUGUUUAGAAAACAAUAUAACGGUGAACAGAAGACUCUUGAGAUGGUGUAUAAGCAAGCUCCUAGAGAGCUUCUUCAUCUUUUAACACCUUUAAAUCCACAGCCUUCACAAUUGAGGUAUCUUCAGUAUAUUUCCAGGAGAAAUCUGGGUUCUGAUUGGCCUCCUUCAGACACACCGUUAGCUAUGGACUGUAUCAAACUUCGGUUCCUUCCGUUAUUUAGCGAAAAGGGUUGUCGACCUGUGAUUCGGAUAUACGGUCAGGAUUCGUCUUCAUCAACCGCCAGGAGUUCUAAGCUUUUAUUUUCAUCCUCCAAAACUAAAAAGCAAGCACGCUACUAUCAACCAGAAGAAUGUGAAUUGGUGAAAAUAGAUAUCCAUCUUCGUGUUCAAGGGGAUGUAGUUCUUGAAUGCAUACAUUUGGAUCAUGUGAGAGAGGAAAUGAUGUUUAGAGUUAUGUUCCACACAACAUUUGUGCGAAGCAGUGUACUUAUACUGAGCCGUGAUGAAGUUGAUGUUAUGUGGGAUGCACGUGACCAAAUGCCUAAGAACUUUAAGGCAGAGGUUCUUUUUUCGGAUGCUGAUGCUCUACCAUCUAUGAUCACCACAAAAGGUGAAUUUGAAGAUGGUAAUGAGACAGAAAGUCCUACGCAUGAAGAGUUCUUUGAGGUAGAAGAGAUUUUCAGCAAUGCGGCUGAUGGGCAAGAUUCCAAAGGGGAACCCGAACCCGAACCAGAGCAAGAACCAGAGGCUGAUGCAUUCCAAGACUCUGCAUCAGAUGACGGGAACAAAAAACCCGAAACUAAGGUUUAUCAUAAUGAUUUGGAGCACAUAAAUGGUGGUUUGAAACUCGCAGUUCUGGUUGCUAAUGAAGAUGAUAAAAUGUAUGGAAAGGAAGUAAAGUUAGAUAAAGUUAAUGGUAAACAGGACAAAGAAGAGAAAAAGUUAGCAAAGGAUGACUCACAACAGAAGUUGGGUCGAAAAAAUUCUAUUAAUUCAAGAGUUGGUUUGGACUCUGUUGGAAAGCAGAAAAUAAAAGCACAAGAGAAUGGGUCAAAUCCAAGAGUUGCAAAACCAAAUACGGUGUCUCGCUGGAUACCUCCUAAUAAAGGGUCGUAUACUAACUCGUUGCACGUGUCCUAUCCGCCCAACUCAUUGCAUGUGUCAUAUCAGCCUACAAGAAACAAUAGUGCACCUCCCAUGCUAGCAGCACAAUCAAAGGACGAGAAAAAGUCGAUGGAAGGUACUGUAAAUAAAGUAGAGAAUGCAUCGAGGAAACAUACUUCUCAAACUUCCUUGGAUGUGAAAUCUUCUAAAGUGGCUGAAUCAUCUCCUUUGACGUCACCUCACUCAUCUGUUAAGUCUCUAGAUUCUCCUGUUAGCAUUUCAGAGGAAAAAUCACCAAAGGUUACCACACCUCUUCCUGCUUUACCAUCACCUCCUUCAAUUGCUCAGGAUAGUCUGCUGCAACCUACAAGUAGGGCCCCUCCACCACCACCGCCGCCGCCACCACCACCACCUCCGCCGCCACCACCACCACCUCCGCCUCCAAGAUAUGGUGCUGCACCUCCUCCUCCACCCCCACCUCCACCACCAUCAUAUGUAGCCCCAUCUGCUCCUCCAGCUCCUCCCCCACCUCCGCCUCCUCCGAGAUAUGCUGCUCCAGCUCCCCCACCCCCACCUCCGAUGUAUGUAGCUCAAUCUUCUGUGCCUCCACCUGAAAGGUAUGGUGCCCCUUCUCCAAUCCUACCUCCACCUUCAAUAUAUGGAGCCUCACCCGGUUCUAAACUCCCGCCGCCGCCGCCACCACCGCCACCACCACCCCUUCCUUCUUCACGAAGUUCUUCACUUGCACCGUCCCCCCCUCCCCCUCCUCCUCUGCAAAAUGCAUCACUUCCUCCGCUGCCUCCACCUCCACCUCCACGUCCAAUGUGUGGAAAUUCUACCCCACCUCCACCACCUCCACCUCCACGUCCAAUGUAUGGAACUUCUGCCCCACCUCCACCUCCACCUCCACCUCCAAAGCUAGGAAACAUGCCUCCACCUCCCCCUCCUCCACCUCCAUUUCGUGGCGCUUCACCUCCUCCACUGCCAGGGAGUGGUCCACCUCCACAACCUCCACCCAUGCGGGGACCACCACCCCCACCCCCACCACCUCCACCAGGAGGCCAUACAGUUGGACCACCUCCGCCCCCUCCACCGAUGAGAGGGCCACCGCCUCCACCUCCACCUCCACCUGGAGGUCGUACUGGACCACCUUCAACCCCUCAACCAGUGGGGGGGCCACCGCCCCCACCACCUCCACCUGGUGGUCGUGCACCUGGACCACCUCCACCGCCUCCACCUGGUGGCCGUGCACCUGGACCUCCACCACCGCCCCCACCCGGAGGUCGAGCACCUGGACCUCCACCACCGCCUCCACCCGGAGGUCGAGCACCCGGACCUCCUCCUCCACCUGGAUCACUAAGACCUCCCGGUGUUGGCCCUCCACCACCUCCCUUGGGACCUCGUGCACCUGGACCACCGAGUAAUGGUCCCAUUCCACCUAGGGGUCGAGGACUUGCGCGGCCCGCAGGAAUGGCUGCUGCUGCACCCCGAAGAUCUAACUUAAAACCACUGCAUUGGAGCAAGGUCACAAGGGCAUUGCAAGGAAGCUUGUGGGAAGAACUGCAAAGACCUGGCGAGGCCCAGAGUGCACCAGAUUUUGAUGUGUCAGAACUUGAGACUUUAUUUUCUGCCAUAGUCCCCAAGAAAGAUACUUCGAAGGGAGGAGCACGCCGAAAGUCCACUGGUUCAAAAACUGAAAAAAUCCACUUGGUUGAUCUAAGAAGGGCCAAUAACACGGAAAUCAUGCUCACAAAGGUCAAAAUGCCGCUUCCUGAUAUGAUGGCUGCAGCUUUAGCUAUGGAUGAAUCUAUCUUAGACGCAGAUCAAGUAGAAAAUCUUAUCAAGUUCUGUCCUACAAAAGAAGAAAUGGAGCUUCUCAAGAAUUAUAUGGGUGACAGGGAGAUGCUGGGCAAGUGUGAACAGUUCUUCCUGGAGCUUAUGAAGGUGCCUCGUGUGGAAUCGAAAUUACGCGUUUUUCUUUUUAAGAUUCAAUUCAAUUCGCAGCUUUCAGAGUUUAAGAAAAGUUUAAACACUGUAAACUCUGCAUGUGAUGAGGUCCGGACAUCUAUUAAAUUGAAGGAAAUCAUGAAGAGAAUCCUGUAUUUGGGAAAUACAUUGAAUCAAGGAACUGCUAGAGGUGCUGCGGUUGGUUUUAAGUUGGACAGCCUUUUGAAACUCACUGAUACACGGGCAUCAAACAGCAAGAUGACUUUAAUGCAUUAUCUUUGCAAGGUUAUUGCCGCCAAGUCACCAGCCCUUUUGGAUUUUCAUGUGGAUCUCGUUAGCCUCGAGUCUGCAACCAAGAUACAAUUGAAGUCUUUAGCAGAAGAAAUGCAAGCCAUUAUUAAGGGACUUGAAAAGGUUAAGCAGGAACUAACUGCUUCUGAAGAAGAUGGCCCUGUAUCUGAAGUUUUCCACAAGACACUGUACGAGUUCAUCGGUUUUGCCGAGUCAGAAGUGGUGUCUGUGACAAAUUUGUAUUCCGUGGUGGGUAGAAAUGCUGAUGCAUUGGCCUUGUAUUUUGGUGAAGACCCUGCUCGUUGCCCUUUUGAACAAGUUACUCAGACCAUUUUGAACUUUGUGAGGCUCUUUCGAAAAGCUCAUGAAGAGAACUAUAAAGCGGCUGAACUAGAAAAGAAGAAAGCUCAGAAAGAAAGUGAAAUGGAGAAGGCAAAGGGUAUUAACUUAACAAAGAAAGGGGAGAAAUAGGCCAAAUGAGAAUUGUUUUUCAUAUGAUCUGCUCAAAGGUUGAGUACUACCAAGCUCAAUGCCAGCCACAGCCUCAAGUGAACUGAAAAAUCCGAUGGAGGCAUGCAAAAUCCUGAGAGCUCCUGCAAACAGCUUUGCUGUAAAUACAUAUUACACAGUGCAAGAUGCUGUUUCAGUGUAUAAGAUGAUUUAAAGGUGAAAGUGUUAUCGGCGUGAUAUAAAGCUGACGUGACCAAUUCUGCUCUCAGUUGACAACAUCAGAUGGAGGUGGGAUGUUUGAAAUAAUAGCCCACGAGUGACUGUCAAAGGAACCAUGAAUUAGCAACAAUGUGGAUUAUAGUGAUUAGAUUAACCAUGUAUAUAUACACAUCUCUAACUCAAUACUAACAUUAGUAUUUGAUUAUAUUGUUGUAUUAUUAGAAGAAUUAGGUCAUCUCAGAGUUUUUGACAAGAAGCUGGCCACAAAAUUUGCUGUAUAUAAAAUUAGGUAGAAAAUAGGGAUAUGGGGACAGGCCACCCUUGGUGUAAUAUUGUAACAAAAUUGAAAUAUGCUCUGCAGAUUCAGAUACAUUUUUAUCAUAUUUAUUUUAGAAUGAGAAAAUUGUUAGUCUUGUA